CAUACGUUCUUAUCAAACCAAAAAAUGGGAAUCAUGUUUGGAAAUGCAUUGCACUUCCUGUUGUUCAUGCUGUUGUUCUCCCCUGUUGCAUUCUCAGGUCGGUGCCAUCCACAAGACAAGAAAGUGCUGCUUCAAAUCAAGAAGGACUUCAACAGCCCUUACCUCCUAGCUUCAUGGGACCCUAAAACAGCUUGCUGCGACUGGUAUUGUGUCGAAUGCGACCCCAAAACUCACCGCAUCACGUCACUCAUCAUAUCCUCCUCUAUCCCAGACACAAAUCUCUCAGGCCCAAUACCACCUUCUGUGGGUGACCUCCCUUACCUCGAGUACCUCGACUUCCACAAGCUUCCCAAGCUCACCGGCCCAAUCCAGCCCGCCAUCGCCAAGCUCACCAAGCUCAAGUCCCUCUCCAUCACCUGGACCAAUGUCUCCGGCCCAAUACCUGAUUUCUUGGCCCAACUCAAGAACCUCGACUCACUCUACCUGUCCUUUAACAACCUCUCGGGUCACAUACCAGCCUCACUCUCCCGCUUGCCUAACCUAUUGUCCUUAAAUUUGGACCGGAACAAGCUCACAGGCCCAAUCCCGGCCUCAUUCGGGUUCUUCAAGAAGCCUGGGCCAAAUCUUUUCCUAUCCCAUAACCAACUUUCAGGGCCCAUUCCUUCUUCCUUGGGCCAGUUGGACCCAGAAAGGAUAGACUUCUCAAGGAACAAGCUGACAGGUGAUGCCUCCUUGCUUUUUGCGCACAACAAAAAGACACAACUACUUGACCUUUCAAGGAACUUGCUUUCAUUUGAUUUAUCCAAAGUGGAGUUUCCGAAAAGCUUGACAUGGUUGGAUCUUAAUCACAAUAAGAUUCAUGGCAGCAUUCCUGUUGGACUCUCUGCGGUUCAAAAUUUGCAGCAAUUCAAUGUGAGCUAUAAUCUACUUUCUGGUAAGAUACCGCAGGGUGGGGAAUUAGGAAAGUUUGAUAAGUUUUCCUAUUUUCACAACAAGAACUUGUGUGGAACCCCACUUCCUAAUUGCAAGUGAUUAAGAAAUUAAAGCUAGCUAAGUGGUCUUGUAUCGACUUGUUCUGACUUGAAUUAAUGUAAGACUAUUUGAAUAA